AAACAGAAGCUCGCUCGCCCGUGUCUCUCUUAUCCUAUCCUCUUCUUUCCUUCCCUCUCUCUCUCUCUCUCAGACAGGAAAUGGCGAGCACUCUCUCCACGUUCCCCCUCAAGUGUUCCCCGUAUCCUACGCCCUCUAUCUGCCCUUAUCCUACUCACACUCCCAAACCCACCCUCCACUUCCCCUUAGCCUCUACUUUUAACCUCACCCACCGCUGCACCCAUUUUCGUCCUCUCUCCGCCGUGUCCGCUCCCGAGAAGAUUGAGAAGCUCGGCGCCGACAUCUCCAGCCUCACCCUUGAGGAGGCCAGAAUCCUCGUCGACUACCUCCAGGAAAAGCUCGGCGUCUCGGCCGCGUCCUUCGCCCCCGCCGCUGCCGUCGCAGCCGCACCCGGAGUCGGCGGCGGAGAAUCUGCCGCUGCCGUCGAGGAGAAGACCGAGUUCGACGUGGUGAUCGAGAACGUGCCCAGCAACGCCAGGAUCGCGGUGAUCAAGGCGGUGAGGGCCCUGACGAGCCUGGCGUUGAAGGAGGCCAAGGAGCUCAUCGAAGGUUUGCCCAAGAAGUUCAAGGAGGGGGUGUCCAAGGACGAGGCUGAGGAGGCCAAGAAGCAACUCGAGGAGGCUGGGGCAAAGAUCGCCAUUGUUUAAAUUUCAUUUGUUAUUUUCGAUUUUCUGCUUAUAGGAGCCGGAUUACCAUUACUGUCCACCAGGAACGAGAUGUACUGCAUAUCUUUUGACAUCUGAAGACUGAGAGAGACAAGAAAAAGACAUGUUCCUUCCUUGAUCUGUGCUGUUAGUUCUUUUUUGGGGAUGGAUUUUCUAAUUUUAUUACAUGUUGGGAGUCAAGUUUAUUUCAAUAUAAUGGGAGAGUUGAGGAGGGGCUUGUCUCUUGUUAACGGCUUGCCUCUGCCAUAUAUAUGUAUUGGUAGUGCUUGGAAUACAACAGCCAACGAGUUUUGAA